UUUAACUCUCAGACAAAAAUCGGCACACUUCCUCUCUCAGUCUAUACAUACACAUCUGUAUGUAUACACACACCUCUUCCACUAGAUCCAAUUCAAAUCACCGUUCCUCUCUGCUUCUCUGAGAAAUGGGAUUCCCAGCUAACGGAGCUGCAUCGGACAAGCCACACAAGUUCCUCAUCUACGGUCGAACAGGCUGGAUCGGUGGCUUGCUCGGUAAGCUCUGCGACUCACAAGGCAUUCAGUACGCCUACGGCUCCGGCCGCCUCGAGAACCGCUCCUCCCUCGAGGCAGAUAUUGCAUCUAUCAAUCCCACUCACGUCUUCAAUGCCGCCGGUGUCACUGGCCGUCCUAAUGUUGACUGGUGCGAGUCUCACAAGGUCGAGACCAUCCGUACCAAUGUUGUCGGCACUCUUACCCUCGCUGACGUCUGCAGAGGGAAGGGUUUGGUCUUGAUUAACUACGCCACUGGUUGUAUCUUUGAGUAUGAUGCAGAUCAUCCACUCGGGUCGGGUAUCGGGUUCAAGGAAGAGGACACACCGAAUUUCAUUGGAUCUUUCUAUUCAAAGACUAAAGCUAUGGUUGAGGAAUUGUUGAAGAACUAUGAGAAUGUUUGCACCUUGCGUGUGAGAAUGCCCAUCUCAUCUGAUUUAUCGAACCCUCGCAACUUCAUCACCAAGAUUACUCGAUACGAGAAGGUAGUCAACAUUCCAAACUCAAUGACUAUCUUGGAUGAACUCCUUCCCAUUUCCAUUGAGAUGGCAAAGAGGAAUCUCACUGGUAUCUGGAACUUCACAAAUCCUGGUGUGGUGAGUCACAAUGAGAUUCUAGAGAUGUACCGGGACUAUAUCGAUCCCAACUUCACAUGGAAGAACUUCAACCUGGAAGAGCAGGCGAAGGUGAUUGUCGCCCCAAGGAGCAACAAUGAGCUUGACGUUAAUAAAUUAAAGCAGGAAUUCCCUGAAAUGUUGCCUAUCAAGGAGUCCCUCAUCAAGUAUGUCUUCAAGCCAAAUCAAAAGACCGCCAAAGCAUGAAAUCACACAAAUGAAGCAGGGAUUCUCACAGAGUGAGAGUGUAGUCUUCUCCAUAAAUAUAUCUUAAUACUAUCUAUUAAUUUUAUUCUUAUGGGUUUUUGUGGUGUCUUUAGCAUACGAGUUCCUCUUUCCAUACGAUUGCUGUUUCUAUUUUGUAUUCGGGUGUUGUAUUCAUAACUUGAUCACAAAUAAAUCGUUGAUGUGAUUUAUCAACCUAAUAUAAGUAGAGUUGUCAAAA